GAUCACGAGGUAACCAAUAUCGCUUCUUGAAUAGUAAUCAGGUCAAAAGUCAGUGGCAGAAGAAGACGCCAACACCAGUUUCUUCCUCCAAGAUCGAGUACGUACGUCUAUCUUUGAGAUCGUUCCAUCUGGGGUUCUGUCUAGCUAGGGUUUUGUUCAAUGGAGCAAUACAAGUUCAUUAAGCAAGUUGGUGCGGGUAGUUUCGGGCGUGUGUAUAAAGCCAUAGACAAGACCACCGGGGAGUUCGUCGCCAUCAAAGAGUUGAAGCACUUCUGUAAGUCUUCGUAUCUAGAGCUACCAGAAGUGCAGGCACUGACCAAGUUGAAGCACCCAAACAUUGUCAACCUCAAGGGAGUCCAGAGGCAAUACGGCGUCGUCUUUUUCAUCUUUGAAUACAUGGAAGGUAGCCUGUCCCAACUCAUUCACCUCAAGCAAAGCGCUGGGCAGCUUUUCUCCGAAGCCGAAAUUCGAGCCAUGUGUUUCCAGGUCUUCCAAGGCCUUGUAUUUAUGCAUGACCAACAUGGCUACAUCCACCGAGACCUGAAGCCGGAUAACUUGUUGGUGAACCAAGGCGUGAUAAAGAUUUCGGAUCUUGGUGCUGCAAGGGAGAUCAACUCCGGCCCACCAUUCAGUGAUUACAUCACCACACGGUGGUACAGAGCUCCUGAGAUGCUGCUAGACUCUUUUAUCUACAACGAAAAGGUUGACAUGUGGGCAAUGGGAACGAUCAUGGCGGAGUUGUUUCUCAUGCACCCUCUGUUUCCGGGUUCGAGUUCGCCAGAUCAGAUGUAUCAGAUUUGUAGAGUCAUUGGGGCUCCAACGAGGAAUACAUGGAGGGAGGGAUGUCUUCUUGCAAGCCAUAUGAACUAUGAAUUUCCGCAGCUUGAUAGUCUUGGUCUUAGAGCAGUAAUGCCGACAUGGGUUAGUGAUUCUGCAGUAGAGCUCAUCGGGUCGCUUUGCUCUUGGGACCCUUUGAAGAGGCCAACAGCUGCACAAGCUCUUCACCAUCCUUUCUUCACUGGAGGCUACAAAGAUUCAGCUUCUACCAAUUACUCAGCUAACAACGUUGGAAAUGUAAGCUGCCUGCAGCAGCCUAUUCUAGUCUAG